AUCGUCCGGUUGUCCCUCGGAGUAAUGAACAAGGUGAAAAUAACUAAAAAAAAGUUAUCAAAUAAUUUGUCACCUUGCUACUGUGAAGACUGCAUCGUAGCUGUGAAUUUAUACCGGCUGAUCCUUGGAAAGACGCAGUGCACGGUGCGGUUAUCUUUGCGGAAGAAGCACAAGCUGGGUUUGCGAAGGUUGUACAAGUAGCCUAAGGAGCAGACGUUUGAAUAGACGGGGAUAUCGCGUACAUACUCGCAAGUCAACAUUCCGCCCGGUGCCAGGUGUGUUGUUGUGCCCGUUUCCGAAGAACACAGCUGUUGUUGCCAGGCAGGUGUGUGGAAUACAAGCCGCCGAAUCUACCUAUCGCAGACUACUUGGAUAAGAAACAGAAAAGCUAAACGUUAAUUUACAAAAUCUCUCAAAAAUCUAAUACGAGCUUCCGUUACAAUCACUCACAGGUGCAAUCGGAUGCGUGGCGAAAUACGUCUGUAAUUUAAAACUGGUUUAGCCUAUCUGUCUUGAAAAUUGUCUGGUCAGUGCAUGGAAUCACGGUAUUUCAGGUGGAGACGUGUAGCAGGAUAGCUAGCAACUUGUUUUUGUGUAGCUAAACCUGUGUAUUCAAGAAGGACUGAGACGUUUUUAGCACACGUAUUAACUGGACAAUAACGACUGUUGUAGCUAGACACCUGUUUGUCUUGGUGGAAUAUUUUGAUUGAGGUAUCCAAGGAUAGUAGGCUAUUAAUGACACAGAAUUAAAUCAGCUCUUAGCGGAUGCGUUGGUCGUGAUGUGAGUAGAUAUUCAGCCUAGUUAUAUUUGGAUAAUUAGGAAAGUCCGUCGUCGAUCAUAGAAUCCUGCUAUCAUUAAUACAACAAUUUAAAAGGGACAGAUUUGCGUGUUUCGACCGUAGGCUCAAACUGGAAUUUAAACAGGACAAACAGCUGUAGCCUAAGUGUUAUCUGACUUGCUCUGGGCUCUGUACAUCAUUGACGUGAACAGCCUUGAAUCUACAAUCCACGAAAGUCUUUUUAAUGCAUAUUACAAGUAAACAAUUGUGUAUUUUAUAAUGAAGAAUUGUUAAAGGAAUGGAACGCAGCACGCCUGGGGUGACUGCUGCAUUUAAAAAUCGACAUCACUGUGCAAUCGUUCUCCUUUGCCUAGCUGCGUUUUAGAAAAACGUAGUCUAGCAUACUACUACGCCUGGUAUACUACCCUUCUGAGACUUUUCGCAAAAGCUUUGGACAGGGCGUAAUCAUGUCCAAAACACUGAAAAAGAAGAAACACUGGUCUGGAAAAGUGCAGGAGUGUGCAGUGUCGUGGGGGAACGCCGGAGAGUUCAGCUCCGUGGUCGAAGUGCGAGGGGGAGCCGAGCUCGGAGAAUUCCCGUACCUGGGCCAGGUGAUGUCGGACGCGAUGGUGUGUCACGUCGGCAGGGUGCCCAGCUCCGGGGACGUGUUGCUGGAGGUAAACGGAACCCCAGUCAGCGGGCUGACAAACCGCGACACCCUGGCUGUCAUCCGCCACUUUCGGGAGCCCAUCCGACUGAAAACCGUCAAACCAGGCAAGGUGCUGAACACGGAUCUGCGUCAUUACCUCAGCCUGCAGUUCCAGAAGGGCUCUCUGGACCACAAACUGCAGCAGAUCAUCCGGGACAACCUGUACCUGCGCACCAUCCCCUGUACCACGAGACAGCCCAGAGACGGGGAGGUGCCAGGCGUGGACUACAACUUCAUCAGCGUGGGGGAGUUCCGUAUCCUGGAGGACAGCGGGCUGCUGCUGGAGAGCGGCACCUACGACGGUAACUACUAUGGGACCCCGAAACCACCCGCUGAGCCCAGCCCAGUCCAGCCUGACCUGGUGGACCAGGUCCUGUUCGACGAGGAGUUUGACACCGAGGUGCAGCGCAAACGCACCACCUCCGUCAGCAAGAUGGAGAGGAAGGACAGCGCCGCACCCGAGGAGGAGGACGAUGAGGAGAGGCCCCCGCUGGUCAAUGGCCUCACAGAGCACAAGGACGGGGCGGAGUGGAGGAAGGCGGUGCCCAGCUACACCCAGUCCAGCAGCGCCAUGGACUUCCGCAUGUGGAACUCCCUGCCCCGCGACGAGAGCCAGGAGCCACUGCCCAAGAACUGGGAGAUGGCGUACACAGAGACGGGCAUGGUCUACUUCAUCGAUCACAACAGCAAGACCACCACCUGGCUGGACCCCCGCCUGGCCAAGAAGGCCAAGCCCCCCGAAAAGUGUGAGGAUGGAGAGCUCCCGUACGGCUGGGAGAAGAUCGAAGACCCGCAGUACGGCACCUACUACGUGGACCACAUAAAUCAGAAGACUCAAUUUGAGAACCCAGUCCUGGAGGCCAAAAAGAAGCUGAACCAGGAGACACCAGCUGCCAGCCAGCAGGGAGCAGUACCACCAGCAGAGGAGGGCGGGGUGCGGGGCUUCACGCGGGACCCGGCCCAGCUGCAGGGGGCGGUGAUCCGCACCGCUCUGAGGAAGAGCUCGCAGGGCUUUGGCUUCACCAUCAUCGGGGGCGACCGGCACGACGAGUUCCUGCAGGUGAAGAACGUCCUGAGGGACGGCCCGGCUGCACACGACAACAAGAUCGCCUCGGGCGACGUGAUCGUGGACAUCAACGGGACGUGCGUUCUGGGGAAGACCCACGCCGACGUGGUGCAGAUGUUCCAGUGCAUCCCGGUGAACCAGUACGUGGACAUGGUGCUGUGCCGGGGCUACCCUCUGCCCGAGGACACGGGCAGCAGCGACGAGGCGGCGGCCGAGGUGGUCACGGCCGUGCCCCUCAUCAACGGGCAGCCCAUGCACGGCUCCGCCCAGGAGCUGCGCUACGUCACCACCGACGCCAGCGGCCGGCCCCUGGCGGCCCCCCUGCCCAACGGGCGCUACCCCGAGGGCCCCGACCCCGCCCUGCUGCAGCCCGAGCUGGUGAGCGUGCCCCUGGUGAAGGGGCCCGGCGGCUUCGGCUUCGCCAUCGCGGACUGCCCCCUGGGCCAGAAGGUGAAGAUGAUCCUGGACGCGCAGUGGUGCCGGGGCCUGCUGAAGGGCGACGUCAUCAAGGAGAUCAACCGGCAGAACGUGCAGACGCUCAGCCACGCCCAGGUGGUGGACAUCCUCAAGGACCUGCCCGUGGGGAGCGAGGUCAACGUGCUGGUGCUGAGAGGAGGUCAGACGUCUCCUGUGAAGUCUCUAAAACCUCGCGAGGCCUCCCUCUCACUGAAGCAGGAGGUGGCAGCCACCAGCACGGAGCCCCCGAACGUGACCGAACCGGCCCCGCAGCCCCUGCCCUUCCCCCCUAGCACCACACGCUCCAACUCCCCCAAGCCAGACCCCACCGAGCUCUACAUAAAGUCCCGGGCCCUGCAGGAGAGCAAGCCGCCCAACUCCAAGGAUCUGGACGUCUUCAUCAAAAGGAACCAAGAGUCCGGUUUCGGGUUCCGCGUGUUGGGCGGGGAAGGUCCGGAUCAGCCAGUCUACAUCGGCGCCAUCGUGCCCCUGGGCGCCGCGGAGAAGGACGGCCGUCUGCGGGCGGGGGACGAGCUCAUGUGCAUCGACGCCGUGCCGGUCAAGGGCAAGUCCCACAAGCAGGUGCUGGAGCUGAUGACCAACGCCGCCCGCAACGGCCAGGUCAUGCUGACCGUGCGACGGAAGGUGGUCUACACAGAUGCGGGAGGAGAAGAGGACGGGCCCCAGCAGCCGGGGCCCCCCGCUGUGGUAAACGGCUCUCCCAAAGCGCCCCGCAGCGAGGACCCCGCGCCGGCCCCCGCAGCGGCCCCCGCACCGCCCCCCGCGCCGGCCCCCGCGCCGGCCGAGCGGGAGUCCUACGACGUCACGCUGCAGCGCAAGGAGAACGAAGGCUUCGGCUUCGUCAUCCUCACCUCCAAGAACAAACCGCCCCCAGGAGUCAUACCUCAUAAAAUCGGACGCAUCAUCGAAGGAAGUCCCACCGACCGCUGCGGUCGGCUCAAGGUGGGCGACCGCAUUUCGGCGGUCAACGGCCAGUCCAUCGUGGAGCUGGCUCACAACGACAUCGUGCAGCUCAUCAAGGACGCGGGGAACACGGUGACCCUCACCGUGGUGCCGGAGGACGACCACAGCGGGCCUCCGUCCGGAACCAGCUCUGCCAAACAGAGCCCCGCGGCACAGCACCGAGCCGUGGGCCAGCAACCCGCCAACCGCGAAGACCGGCCCAGCCAGGAUGCAGAUGAGAAGGAGGGGGUCCCCUGGACAGAACACAAGGGCCUCCCACAGAGCGAGCCUGGGACUCUGUGCACCACAGGCUCCAAACCGGGCUGCUUCCACGUGGAGCUGGAGAGGGGCCAGCGUGGUUUCGGCUUCAGCCUGCGGGGGGGCAAGGAGUACAACAUGGGCCUGUUCAUCCUGCGCCUGGCAGAGGAGGGCCCCGCCCUCAAGGACGGGAGGGUGCACGUUGGGGACCAGAUAGUGGAGAUCAAUGGGGAGCCCACUCAGGGCAUCACCCACACUCGGGCCAUCGAGCUCAUCCAGGCCGGGGGCAACAAAGUCCUACUGCUGCUGAGACCUGGCCUGGGCCUGGUUCCUGACCACAGUCAAAUGGUUUCACCCACAAACUUCCCAAGAGUUUCAGCGUCAGAUGAGCCAUCGUCCCCAGCCACCCCCUCCACCAUGUCCACGUCCAUCUCCACCUCCGAGCCCUCCCCGACACCCGCCCCCGUCAAGGCACAAGAGGAGACCCCCAGCAGGGACACGACUGCCACUCCCCCAAGAGCUCCCGAACCCAGAGCCAAUGACAGUGACCGAGUCGGCCCCGAGCCAAUCCGAGAGCAAGCCGGCAAGGCCCGGGGGCAGCAGCUCCCCCAACCCCACCACCACCACAAGCGGCCCACCAGCCCCGAAACCCUGGACCGGAAGUCCCUCCCCAAGAAAAGAGACUCCGGCACCCCCCACGAAGACAGGGCUAGAAGCCCACGGAAAGCCAGCGGGGGCCAGGGGGCCGGUGCCAGGGAGCGCUCCAAGAGCCCCCGGAAGACUGACAGGAACCCGCCCGCCCCCGCCGAAAACAACAAGGGCGCACGGGAGGCGGAGCCCAGCAAGGAGAGGAAGGCUCGUACGCACAGGGACGGCCGCGCCUCCAGCCCCAAGAAGUCCGCUCCGAAAGAGCAGGACACCGUCUCCAGGCAACCGUCGAAGAGACAGGAGGAGCAGCCCAGGAGGGCGGGGGGGCAGGGGCAGCAGGGCGCCUCUGGUGCCGAGGGCAAGGAGAAGAGACGCAAGGACGAGGACGCCAAGCGCAGGCACGAGAGGGAGGCGGCCGGAGGCCACGGGGAGGCCGCUAGGGCAGCCAAUGAGCCGCAUAGGAAAGAAAAGGAGGCGGGGCGAGAGGCUGGGGCCCUGCCGUCCCACUCCCAGUCACACAGAGAGAAGGGCGGAGUGGAGGAUGUGGCCACCCGGGGCCGGAAGGAGCAGAGAGAGAGGGAAAAAGAGAAGGAACGAGACCGGGGGAGCAAGGAGUCCAAGAAGAAAGAAACGGCCACCGAGGAGAACAAAAAGGACCCCAAGGGCUCCACCAGCUCCAUCCAGGAGCCGUCCUGCAACGGAAACCCCAGUAGCAAGAAGACACCCAUCACCCCUGGCCCAUGGAAGGUCCCCAGCACAGCAAAAAUCAUGUCCCAGUCAGAGGUGGCCCGAGAGGCAAACUGAUGACUUAUGGGCAAUGUAGUCAUCAGAGUAAAUGCAGGCCAUGAACAGCUCAUUGGCCACCAUUUUUAAAGCCAGUCACAGCAGAUCAGGGGUGUAUUGGUGAUGCUGUGUAGCAGUAUAAUUCAUCUAUAUUGGUUCAGAGCACACAUUAGUUUCACCUCUGCGUCACAUACACCAUGAAGUCAGCUUUUUCCAUGUUUCCAUGUUUGUCCAUGUUUCUUUGCCUCACGUUUUAUUUUUCUGGUCUUUUGCUUUUGUUUUUUUCUUUUGAAGAAGAUUUUUUACCUGUGAGCUCUGCCUAGCCAACAGUGAUGUCUGUCAAUCCUAUUAUGUGCCAAUCGGGGGCUCAUGGGAAGGACUCCGUGUCUCACCUAUUCUGUCAAUUGGCUUCUAUUGCUCGCAGACUUAUGAAGGAUGAUACUCUGUGCUUCUAAGAUCUACAGACUUAUGUACAGACAUUCAAUUGCAUUUUCCCCUCCCGCCUUGCAUGCGUUUACUAUGUUCUAUCCAAGGUUUUUUGGCAUCAAGGAGGUCCUGCUCACUGUUUUCUGUCUGUAUCUAGAAAUCCAGUUCAGAGACGUUGAUUGAAUAUGUACAUGUGUGUAGACUCCAGAUUGCUACGUAAUCAUCAGCUUUGCGGUGGAUUUUAGACUUUUUGAACCAUAGACUUGAUAUGUAUCUUAUUAAAAAAAGACCAGAUACUUGUGGUUAAGUAUAUUGUUUACUACAUGUAUGUUUAUGAUAAAGCAUAUCUAACUUAUUGAGAUAUAUAUGAAAAAAGAAUAUAUAAAUAUAUGUAUCCAUUCUGAGCCAUUCCACAUGUUUAAUUCAGAGUGCUAAGGGCCUGCACCAUCAUUUUGACUGUUGUUGUUGUUAGCAGCUUUUCUUAGGUUGUCUGUUAAAAGUGUGUAUACAGCAAGCAGGCAGGUAUGUGUUUAUAUACAAUGCAAUAGCUUGAACUGUCUUUUUAUUAUAUGUGUACAUUGUUUGGCUGUGCAUAUCCUGAACUACUCCUGAGGAAAAUUUGAAUUUGGUUUCUUACACAUUCUUUCAUAUUUGGCCUUAAGGCUGGGAUAUUUAAUGUCAGUGCUGGGGGACUACUGGGUAUGCUGGUUUUCAUUCUAACCGCAAUUGCAGUCCCAGAAUUUUAAUUUAACUUUUCUUAAUUAGUUGCUUUUCAUGUAUAUGUUUACCCUCUUAAGUCACAUUGUCAGACAUAGCUAUGCAUGCCAUGAAGAAUAUAAGGUCCCUGUUCACGUUGUGCUUACUGUAAUAUUAUACAUACAACUAGGCUACAUAUAAAGAGGUUCCAAAUGUAUUUAAGUGAACAAGAUAAAAAGUGAGGUGAAUCAACAGGUCCUUCAUUUGUGAUGGUGUGGACUUGUGGAUAGUAAAACUAAAUAUUUGCUUGAUAAAGAAGAAUUCAGUGUGAUGACAAGUAAAAUCUGCAUUGUGUUUGUUAUUUAGCUGAUGCAUUUAUCCAAAGUUUAAGUCAAAAAAAUGUAAAGAACCUAAAAAUGUGGUGGCAGCCUAAUUACGAUCACAUCGAUUCCCCUUAGUCAUGAAUUUUGUUACCUCUUUUUAUGCAGUUAUUGCACUUAUGCAAUAUAUGUAGCAGAAUAAGCACAAUGUGAACAUGGUACAUUUUUUAAUGGGAUGCAGUUAGUUAUGACAUGAGGUUUAAGAGAGUAAAUAGUCCCACAAACAUGAAAUGCACCUAAUUAAGAAAGAUGAACAGCUUGUUAAAAUUUUCAGAUUGCAGUUGUGGUUAGAACUAAAACCAGCAUACACAGUGGUCCCCCAGGACAGGCACUGACUGACUACCCCUGCCCUAAGAUACUUUUCAAGUAAGCUGAUAUAAGGGCCUACUGCUUUGUAUUCCAUUCACAGUAACGUGUCAGCAUUAAUGAACAUUUUCUCUCAGUAUCACCAUUUACAUAUCAUUUAUUUGAUGUUCCAGGAGCUCAGCUUUCAGUGUUUAUGAAAAAUACUGUAGAAAUGUUUCAAACUUUGAAGAGUUUAUUACAGUACAUUUGCCAUGUGUUUGAGAUGGCUGAAAGCAAAUAUCAUUUAAAGUCUCUGGAGGUCACGGUGUGUGUGCGCGUCGUGACAUUGUUUUCUCUCAUGAGGAAGAUGCAUUAUGAAGUAAUGUCUUUGGGAUAAGGGGUAGAUUAUUUUUGUUGAAUGGGAUACAUGAAGUACAAGACAGUUUAACAAAAGUUAAUGGCUUCAUGUUGAAGGCAUUGUGCUUAUCUUUGAAGGUUGAGCUCAGGGGAACACUGACAUGAUCAUAUCUAUAUGAUGUAUAUACAUAAAAUCAUGAAGUACUUCACAGUAUGCCUGUUGUAUUACCUACUGUACAAAGUGAACAGUGAUUCAAACAGAGAGGUCACUGAGUUGGUGUCAUUUGACUCGUUUGACUCUUGUUCUGGAUCAGGUUGACAAUGUCUCAGCUGAAGUUAAACAAAACAACACAUGAAGUUUCCAAAGAAAAUGUUACUUUUUGAGAACUGCUUUUAUACUCAAGUAUAGAGUCUGAAGGACAUUCAUUGUGGACAGUACUGAGGAAUAUCCGUUUGAAACAACUCAAGAACGCAGCCCAGCAUCAUGGCCUUGGGUGGUGUGGAAAUGGUUUCUUCCAUUCUGUUCCAGCUUACGUUUAUCCUUCUCACAAUUCUGCUGCAACUUGAAAUGAAAAAAUGUCUCAAAAAUUACUCAUCAGUUUCAGCUUGGGCUCAUUUAGCUCUUAGAUGGGACAUUUUUGAGCGGAUCUCCCAUUGUGGUGUCCACUGAUGCUUUUUUCCCCCAGUAAGCCCACUCACUAAAUAAAUCACUGAAUUAAAUUAUGGAACUGAAUGGAUAGAACUGGGUGAAAACAUUUCAACGCUUUUGAGUUUAUUCUUGUGGAUAUUCUGCGGUGCUGCCAACCACAGCUGGUGGGUUUGACUGCUCUAUCUUUUGGCUCCAACACAUAUUCAUGUCUUCUGCACUGAUUGUGUUUUCCCCACGUCUCUCAUAGUCCAUAUCAGUGUCUGUUUAUAAUAAUGUGGCCUUGCAUUGCUUUAACAGAAAAAAAGCCUUUCGUUCUCUACAUUAUGUGGUAGUUGUAAAUGUUUAUAAAUUGUACAGCACCUUUAUAAAUACUUGCAGAGUCCUCAUUCAAAUAAAAUCUGUAAAUCGCUCCAUUAUUUUUUUAAGUAAUUGAAAAGAAAAUGAUUUAAAGCGGAAAAAGGAAAUUACCUGGUCAUGGCAUUCUGUUCAUGCACUGUAAAAUAAAGUUUUAUUGAAAAAAAAAAA